AUGAGAUGGAAGUACAUGGGGUUUCAAGAAACUCUGUUACAUACAACACACUCAUAGAUGGGCUUUGUAAAAGCAGGCGAGUAGAAGACGCGGCUCAGCUCAUGGAUCAAAUGAUAAUGGAAGGACAGAAACCUGACAAGUUCACAUACAACUCGCUUCUAACACAUUUCUGCAGAGGAGGAGACAUAAAGAAGGCUGCUGAUAUCGUGCAGGCCAUGACCUCAAACGGGUGCGAACCAGACAUUGUGACCUAUGGAACCUUGAUAAGCGGUUUGUGUAAAGCAGGUAGAGUUGAAGUUGCAAGUAAGCUUUUGAGGUCAAUUCAGAUGAAAGGGAUUGCUUUGACUCCACACGCUUAUAACCCGGUGAUUCAAGGGUUAUUUAGAAAGAGGAAAACAACUGAAGCUCUAAAUUUGUUUAGAGAAAUGCUUGAGCAGAAUGCAGCUGCACCUGAUGCAGUCUCUUACAGAAUCGUUUUCCGUGGGCUAUGUAAUGGAGGUGGACCGAUCCGUGAAGCGGUGGACUUUCUUGUUGAGCUGUUAGAGAAAGGCUUUGUGCCUGAGUUUUCUUCUUUGUACAUGUUGGCUGAAGGUCUUCUAACUUUGUCAAUGGAGGAGACACUGGUGAAGUUAGUUAACAUGGUGAUGCAGAAAGCAAGAUUUUCGGAGGAAGAAGUUUCAAUGGUGAAAGGUUUGCUUAAAAUCAGGAAAUAUCAGGAUGCUUUGGCCACUCUUGGUGGCGUCUUGGACAGUCGCCAGCCAAGGAGAACUUACCGGUCAAGAUGAUACCUUUGAAAA